AUCUCCGCGUAGAGAGGCGGGACAUUAAAAAGCAGACGCACUCGCACACACAAACAGAGUGAAAUCAAUUUAGUUCAUUGUAUUGCUGUUGAUUUACUCCAAACGCUGGUUUGAAAUGUCAGCCCUUCAGUCUGCCUCAUCGAAAAGUUUUACCUCAACUCCACUCAAAACCAAAUCCAAUGUCCCGAGGAGCAUGCCGAGAAGCAGGAGCGUGGAAUCGACUGGCGACUCGACCUACUCCGUUCUGUCACCCAUCUACCACGAUAGCUUUGAAUUAUCAGAUGACGAUAAGGAAGAAGCACUGAAGCAGUGUCAGCCACAUGAUGACCCCUCUCUCACAGCAGAUGAAGGUGAACCCAUCAGUCCUCGCAGGGAUGAGUCCCUUCAUGCAGAAGAUACUUCUAGAGAAAUGCUGAAUCUAAGUGCAUGGGAGCAGUGGCUUGUAAGUAAAGCCAAAGAAGAGCGAAUCAAAAUGCAUCAGAAGUCCCUGCAGCAACAAGCUCUGAAAGAAAAGAAAGAACAAGAAGAAAUGGAGCAACAAAGAAAAAAAGCAGUCAGAGAGUGUAAAAUUCAAGAGUGGCUUCAAAUGAAGAGAGAACAGGAGAAACAGGAAAAGCUUUGCCGGGAGUCCCAGAAAACAAAUAAAAUGCUCCAUGAAGAACAGAAACGGUUGGAGAUAGAAAAAAAAGCCCAAGAAAAAUAUAAAUCGUGGCUCCAUAAGAAAAAGCACGAGGAGAAGGAAAAGAAAUUGAAAGAGCAAGAAGAAAUAGCUAGACGAGAACAGGAGGAGAGAGAACGGAAAGAGAGAGCAGAUGAGAAGUUUCAAGAGUGGCUUAAAAGCAUAAAGGACAAAGAAAGACGUACAAGCCAGUCAUCAGCAUGUUCAGCUGGUGGCUAUGACAAUCUAAACUAUCCAGCUCCCAGUUUUGUGAAUCCUAUUCCAUGGAAGCCCAUUCACAUUCCCCAGCACGACAGAACACCAAGGAACAACUUGGCAGACAGGAAACGGCCAGGUCCCCCGAAAUAUCGCUCAACUCCAUGUCUCGCUUACAAACAAGACACGAUCAGCUUUGCUGACAAAAGACUGUGAUACUCUCAGGUUAAUAUCACACAUGGAACUUUUACUGUGCAAAACUGUACAAAUGUACAUGUAUGGGAGGAUGAUUUUAGAAAUGCUUGUGGUCCUGAUCUUGCAAGGUUUUACUGUUCAAUGGUUUAUAAUGCUUACAGGCUAGUUUUUCACAUCACUGACACUACACAGGAACGUGAGUAAUUUUAUAACUCUGUAAUUUUGGAAAAAAUUUGUUGAAUUAUCAUUGUUAUUUGUUUUUGUUUUUUUACUGCAUAGGCAGGGAUAGGAAAAUCCAAGUUGUCAAUAUGUCAGCACACUCUGUAUGUUUAUUUUCAUGUAAGUGUUUCCAAGGAACCAAAACAAGACUUGCUGGGAAUGUGACUUGCUGGGAUUAGUAAUUAAUGAGUCUUUAUUCUUGUUUAUAUGUACAGGCUCACUCCUACACUUCUUUCACAAAGACUCCUCUGUCUCAACAGACAGCCUGUGUAAAAGGCUCUAAGCAGCAUGUAUUCAGUGGAGUACAGAAUUCAGAAUAAAUAGUUAUCAUCAGCA